AUGUCCAAGAAGGGCUCAGGCGGCCGAGGCAAAGGGGACAAGGCUGAAGUCCUCGCCGCACUGCAGGCCGCCAAUGAGGAGCUGCGGGCCAAGCUCACCGACAUCCAGAUUGAGCUGCAGCAGGAGAAGAGCAAGGUCAGCAGAGUGGAGAGGGAGAAGAACCAGGAGCUGAAGCAGGUGCGGGAGCAUGAGCAGCACAAGAAUGCCGUGCUGCUCACGGAGCUCAAGACCAAGCUGCACGAGGAGAAGAUGAAGGAGCUGCAGGCCGUGCGUGAGACGCUGCUGCGGCAGCACGAGGCCGAGCUGCUGCGGGUCAUCAAGAUCAAGGACAACGAGAACCAGCGGCUGCAGGCGCUGCUGCACGGCCUGCGUGAUGGCGCCCCCGACAAGGUCAAGACCGUGCUGCUGUCCGAGGCGAAGGAGGAGGCCAAGAAGGGGUUUGAGGUGGAGAAGAUAAAAAUGCAGCAGGAGAUCUCUGAGCUCAAGGGAGCCAAGAAGCAGGUGGAGGAGGCGCUGACGCUGGCGAUCCAGGCCGACAAGGUCAAGGCUGCGGAAAUCAGGAGCGUGUACCACCUGCACCAGGAGGAGAUCUCCCGCAUCAAGAAGGAGUGCGAACGGGAGAUCCGCAGGCUGAUGGAGGAGAUAAAAUUUAAAGACAGAGCAGUCUUCGUGCUGGAGAGAGAGUUAGGGGUUCAAGCCGGGCAUGCUCAGAGACUGCAGCUCCAAAAAGAGGCUUUAGAUGAGCAGCUGUCCCAGGUCAAAGAGGCUGAUCGGCACCUGGGCAGCCCCAGACGGGAACUUCCUUAUGCAAGUGGUGCAGGAGACGCCUCAGACCACUCGGGAAGCCCUGAACAGCAGUUGGAUGAAAAGGAUGCUCGGCGCUUCCAACUUAAAAUUGCAGAGUUAAGUGCAAUCAUUCGGAAACUUGAGGACCGAAAUGCCUUGCUGUCAGAAGAAAGGAACGAGCUGCUAAAGCGUUUAAGAGAAGCUGAAAGUCAGUACAAGCCAUUGCUGGAUAAAAACAAGCGCCUUACUCGGAAAAAUGAAGACCUGUCCCACACUUUACGUCGAAUGGAAAACAAGUUAAAAUUUGUCACCCAGGAGAACAUAGAAAUGAGACAAAGAGCCGGAAUCAUAAGGAGACCCAGUUCCUUAAACGAUCUGGAUCAAAGUCAAGACGAAAGAGAAGUUGACUUCUUGAAACUUCAAAUUGUGGAGCAGCAGAACCUCAUAGACGAGCUUUCCAAGACCCUGGAAACCGCCGGCUACGUGAAGAGUGUGUUAGAGCGUGAUAAGCUUUUAAGAUAUCGGAAACAAAGAAAGAAAAUGGCGAAACUCCCCAAGCCGGUUGUCGUGGAAACCUUCUUUGGAUACGACGAAGAGGCUUCCCUGGAAUCCGACGGUUCUUCCAUCUCUUAUCAAACGGACAGGACGGACCAGACCCCGUGCACCCCGGAGGAUGACCUGGAAGAGGGCAUGGCCAAAGAGGAGACGGAGCUGAGGUUCCGGCAGCUGACCAUGGAGUACCAGGCCCUGCAGCGAGCGUACGCCUUGCUGCAGGAGCAGGUCGGAGGGACGCUGGACGCAGAGCGAGAAGUUAAGACCCGUGAGCAGCUACAAGCAGAAGUGCAGAGGGCCCAGACACGGAUAGAAGACCUUGAGAAGACGCUGGCCGAGCAGGGGCAGGAUAUGAAGUGGAUUGAAGAGAAGCAAGCUCUGUAUCGGAGAAACCAAGAGCUUGUUGAGAAGAUUAAACAAAUGGAGACGGAAGAGGCUCGGUUAAAACACGAGGUCCAGGAUGCAAAAGACCAAAAUGAGCUGCUGGAGUUCCGGAUCCUAGAGCUGGAGGAGAGGGAGAGGAAGUCGCCCGCCAUCAACUUCCACCACACCCCCUUCGUGGACGGCAAGAGCCCCCUCCAAGCGUACUGCGAGGCGGAAGGCGUGACGGACAUCCUGGUCACAGAGCUGAUGAAGAAGCUCGACAUCCUGGGGGAUAACGCCAAUCUGACCAAUGAGGAGCAAGUAGUCAUCAUACAAGCCAGGACGGUCCUAACCUUGGCUGAAAAGUGGCUCCAGCAGAUUGAAGAGACGGAGUCAGCUCUGCAGCGGAAGAUGGUGGACCUGGAGAGCGAGAAGGAGCUGUUCAGUAAACAGAAGGGCUACCUGGAUGAGGAGCUGGACUACAGGAAGCAGUCCUUGGACCAAGCUCACAAACACAUCCUGGAGCUGGAAGCCAUGCUGUACGACGCCCUGCAGCAGGAGGCCGGGGCCAAGGUGGCCCAGUUGCUGUCGGAGGAGGAGCGCGAGAAGCUCAAGGUGGCCGUGGAGCAGUGGAAGCGCCAGGUCAUGAGCGAGCUGCGCGAGCGGGACGCCCAGAUCCUGCGGGAGCGCAUGGAGCUACUGCAGCUGGCGCAGCAGAGGAUUAAAGAGUUAGAAGAAAGAAUAGAAGCUCAGAAGAGACAAAUAAAGGAACUGGAGGAAAAGUUUCUAUUUCUGUUCUUAUUUUUCUCCUUAGCCUUCAUUCUGUGGUCAUAG